ACAGUUGAGCUGUAUUUCUGUGAGUAAAACAGCUCAGAAGACACACAAAUAAUAUAAGAAGGUGGAAUACUUACAAAGUGACGGUAGGCGAACUACGAGUUUUGCAGUUCCGGCUCAAUUUUUUCGAACAAUGAAAACGUCACAUAUCCUUUGGAUUUUUAGUAGUCUGGCUGUUCUUGGGAUGGUAGGAGGUGGAGCGGUAAUAGAUACACUUAUCCGUCAACUAGUUCAUAACCAUGACAAUCAAAAAGAGUUUCCAGUAUGUUACAAUUUGUAUCUACCAACUGACGAUAAAAUUCUUCUCUACCAAGAUGGCAAAGUUUUUUUCAAGAUCCUCGAUUGCAUUCAAGUCGAAGGUUUACAAAUUGAUUGGCAGUCGUCUGGAACAUGGAUAUUUCAAAAUGGUAUCUUACUUAUAGAAUUAAAGGAUGAAGUUUUAUACGUUGAUUACGUUACACCGACAAGAUCACUCUCUAUAAUUCUUAUUAGGCAAAGUACCAGAAUUGGUAAAUAUCUAAAUAUAUACAUAGACAAUGUCGAUAGAAAAGUUUAUAUGGACGAAUUUACAUACGGAUUAUUUGGUGAAGUGGCAAAGAGAAAAUUUGAAUUUUUUGAACCCGUUCAGAUAGGUGAAUCGAGAGCUGCCGUCAAAAUAAAUAAUAUGCCUUAUCAAGCAAUCAUAGUGAAUCACAGAGGAUUUAAAUGUUGGUUGUUAAGAGCAUCCGAUGUCUUAUAUCCGGAUACUAUGAUUGAUUUUAUUUAUCACUAA